UGGGCUCGACGGCAACGACUGGUGGCUUGGGGGCUGGGCUCGACGGCGGGUGAGGGGGUCUCGGGUCUGUGCUCGAUGGCGCAGGGGGGACAGGGUCGGGCUGUACAGCGGCAGGGAGAAUAUUCAGGUAUACUUUGUCCUAUUUUUGCAGAGAUAGUUCCUGGGAAGUCACGAACUAGCGUGUAUGCAUUGUACAGAUCUUGUGAGUCUGUACUCUCAUCAUUUGCUCCCCCUGUAGUCGGGUUAUUGGAACAACAUGUUUAUGGUUAUAGACCAGUUGAUAAAGGGUCCUUUGCAUCUGAAGAGAUUGCCACAGCUAGGGGAAAUGCUGCGUCUUUGGCCAAGGCACUGUACACAACAAUAGGAGUUUCGAUGGCCCUCUGUUGUCUUAUCUACUCAUUCCUGUAUUCAACCUAUCCAAGAGAUCGAGAGCGAGCUCAAAUGGAAGCUUUGAUAGAAUCAGAGAUGCUGCAAAUAAGAUUGGAAUUACCUACAGAUGGGCAACAUCCUCAUCAAGUUCUGUUAUCCGAGUCAGGAGAACCAUAUUUGGAGGAUAUGAUCCCAUUAUUACCGGGUUGUCUAGAGUUUAGACUGACUCAGCGUAAGCUUAAAUCCACAUUGCUAUUUGCUGGGAGUUUGACUUGA